AUGUCUGGUGUCAAUGAGGCGGAAACGAUCCGCAUCCUCGUCUCAACCGACAACCAUGUCGGCUACAAUGAGCGGGAUCCCAUCCGCGGCGAUGACAGCUGGAAGAGCUUCCACGAGGUCAUGUGCCUUGCCAAAGAACACGAUGUCGACAUGGUCCUCCUGGCGGGAGAUUUGUUUCAUGAGAAUAAGCCGUCCCGCAAAUCCAUGUACCAGGUGAUGCGCUCGAUCCGAAUGAACUGUUUCGGCGACAAGCCCUGUGAGCUGGAGAUGCUCAGCGAUGCCAGCGAGACCUUCCAAGGCGCAUUCAACCACGUCAACUACGAGGAUCUCGACAUGAAUAUUGCCAUCCCGAUAUUUUCAAUUCAUGGAAACCAUGAUGACCCCUCUGGUGAGGGUCACCUUGCCGCACUAGACCUCUUGCAAGUCUCAGGCUUGCUCAACUACUACGGGCGGACCCCGGAGUCGGAUAACAUCGAGAUCAAGCCCGUCUUGCUCCAGAAGGGGCGCACCAAAUUGGCACUCUAUGGGAUGAGCAAUGUGCGUGAUGAACGCUUGUUUCGCACCUUUCGGGACGGAAAGGUCAAAUUCUUCCAGCCAUCGGUGCAAAAGAACGACUGGUUCAAUUUGAUGUCGGUGCACCAGAAUCACCACGCAUACACCGAGACUGGUUACUUGCCUGAGAACUUCCUACCCGAGUUCAUGGAUUUGGUCGUCUGGGGCCACGAGCACGAGUGCUUGAUUAACCCCAAGCUCAACCCAGAAACCAAAUUUCAUGUCAUGCAGCCAGGAUCAUCGGUCGCGACGUCCCUGGUCCCUGGUGAGGCUGUGCCAAAACAUGUUGCCAUUGUGAGCAUCACCGGGCGAGACUUCAAGUCCGAGCCAAUCCGGUUGAAAUCGGUGCGGCCUUUCGUUAUGCGAGAAAUCGUUUUGUCGGAAGAGAAGGCCGCGCAAAAAUUCGCUCGCAAAGAGAGCAAUCGCACAGAUGUGACCCGAUUCCUCAUGUCAAUUGUGGAGGAAUUAAUUGAAGAAGCCAAUGCAGAAUGGCGUGAAAUCCGCGGCGUCUCUAAUGAUGAGGAUGAAGAUGAAGAGCCUCGCGAGUCGCCUCUCCCCCUGGUACGACUUCGUGUCGAAAUCUCCACUCCUGAAGGUGGAAGCUAUGAAUGCGAGAAUCCGCAGCGGUUCUCAAAUCGUUUUGUGGGCAAGGUCGCAAAUGUGAACGAUGUGGUACAGUUUUAUCGAAAGAAGAAGAACACUUCUUCCUCUCGGAAGACUGAUGCUACUCUCGAUGAAGGUUCAGCUUCGCACCUAUCAACAUUGGAUACAGUGAAGGUAGAGCAGCUAGUACGGGAGUACCUCGCAUCGCAAUCUCUUAGCAUCCUGCCUCAAAACUCCUUCGGUGAUGCCGUUGCUCAAUUCAUUGACAAAGAUGAUAAGCAUGCCAUGGAAAUGUUCGUCAAUGACUCUUUGGAGGGCCAGGUCAAACAUCUCAUGACGUUGGACCGUGAUGAAGAUGACGUGGAUGACGAAGAAAGGGCUCAGAGUUCUCUAGUUACCGCUAUGGAAAAGUACCGCACGCAAAUGGAAGACAUGUUCAACAAGGGAGUCAAGAAGCGCACUCGUGGCAAGAAAAGAUUCAAGCCAAAGCCAGACGGCUGGGACACCGAAUUCGAUGGCGAGUGGGAGGAUCAGCCCGGUGCUCUCAUCCAUUCGGACAACGAGGGCGGAGAUCCAGUCGAGGAAGAGACUGGAGAAGAUGGUCCUGCUCCCGCACGCCCUCGUGCUGCCACCAUGGCUCCCACUCGAGGCCGAGGCCGAGGCCGUGGAGGUCGGGGAGCCGCUGCCAGUUCCCGCGCGGCAGCCACAAAAGCCGCAGCUCCAGCAGCUAAAGGACGCAAAAAGAAAGUUAUUUCAGACGAUGAAUCGGACGAUGUCAUCAUGCUGGAUGAUGACGACGAUGACAAUGCGGCGGCUGCCAGCAUCAUUUCUGAGGACGAUGAUGACUCGCAGGCUCUAUUCGUUAAGCAACCUCGUGCUCCAACUGCCUCAAGAGGACGCAAGUCUACGUCCACGACUACGUCGACUCGAGGCCAUAGUGGUCGUACGGCGGCUUCACCAGCCCCAUCCUCGGCCACUGUUGGCGGUACUGCUACCCGCCGAACCGCUGCUCGAGCCGCCAAACCAACUCAGACAACCCUAGACUUCGCUGCCUCCCAAGCCAGUACAACGCGUUCAUCGCGAUCCACUCGCAUGACUCGCAACGUCAGCGUCAUCAGCGACGAUAUAGAUGACGAUGACGAUGACGAUGCCUUUGAGCCAAUGACUACUUCCACAUCGAGACGGCGGCGGUGA